UGGUCAUGAGAGCACAUUCAUAUAGGGAGGCCCGUUAUUAGGAUGGUUCGACCGGAUGGGCAACAUGAUCAGGAAGAUGACGCGGAUGAUUUUGAACCGAUAUUAGGGUCACAGCAUCGGUGCGGGAUGGAUCCUUUGGCAGUAAGCUGGCUUCGCGUAUAUCUUUCGAGAUCCCACUCCCCACAUACUCUCGUCUACUACAGGAACGCACUAGAUCGACAACGGGACGAGCAGAUUAGUAACAUUUACUAUUUGUAUUAGUUAUGAAUAAAUUGUAUACAUUACUAAGCAUAUUGAAUUCUAUUACAGAUGACAUGGCAGCCUUACACAGCGGCUAAGAUGGAAGCUCUACCGCACAUAUGUACAUCGGGCCACGAGAUUUGGAGAUCGCGUUGUCCUCUUAUUUGCUUUGACAUCGUCGAGCUACAUCUCCCGGAUCGUGUCAUGCGUCAAUUCGGUUUGGAGCAGGUAAUUCCGCAAGCCUGUGACACCCAACGUCAACUACAUGCGAUCGAUCGGAGGACUGGGGACAAGAACUACCUCGUACGACAUAGAUCGCAUGUAGAUGCGUGGAACGACCGAGCAUCUACAUUGGUUGGAGGAGAUAACUUCACAGGUCAUGGGAGUGCUAUGUACAUGAGUUGGUACAGACGCAUCUCCAUAUUACGCCUAACGAACACCGCAUUUGCGCAGCCAGGAUCACAUUACCAUCCGACAUCUACGUUACUGGCUGAGCGCAUCCGAUCGGUGUUGAUACAAUGUAAUGACACGAUUCAAGGGGCCGCUACAUCGCCAGUUGACGUGGGCUAUCGGCUAUGUUCUCAGACCUUAGGCUCCAUUAAUGCGUCGUUGACCGAUGCAUUGAGUCAAGCGGGUUAUGAGUACCUCAUACCGACUCCACCCGUCAUUGGCGACGUAGAUGACACAUUCCACACUCCUUCUCCAAGGAGUUCAGCCCAUCGAGGUAGCUCUUCCGGAGGAUCCAGUUCUCGGUCCACAAGAGGCCGCCAGCGUUUAUCUACUCAGGGUCGGUCUUCCAGAUCGCCAUCGACAUCCGCUACUAUGUCGCCGUUCGUUCCCCCGUCUUCCAUCAACACUCCUCCGCCACAACCAUCGCCUCCGCAAAGGAUUAUCACAUAUGAGCGUGCUAGUCAACGACGAGCUCCUACUCUUAAUGUCAUUGCGGAGGUUGACGAGUUCACACCAUCAUCAUCCACCGGUGCGCAAAACAAAAGGGGCCGGGGGUUGUAGUUUAACAAACUUUGUAUAUUCUUAUAUUAUUUUAACUUCUUGUAUAUUCUUGUAUGAUUUUAACUUUGUAUGUUCAUGAUUGUAAUAUAUCUUCGCAUUAUUUUCAUAAUUAAUUUUUUCAAAUCAAGCUGGUUCGUAAUUGAUUAAUAUGGAAUAGAUGGUAUUGAACUAGUUUAAUGC